AUGAAAAAUCGUCAUCAUAUUUUUGUUGUUUUUCUUAUCACAUUUCUUAUUUCAACAAUUUAUUGUGCGAGAAAAAGCAAAGGCAAAUUCAAAGCGAGUGGGAAUGGAAAUACGAAUAGCCAACCAUCAAAUUUUUGUUUUUGGAAUCAAACAAGCUGUAAGUUUUGCUAAAUUUUGAUCAUAAAAUAAAUGUUAUCGAGACUCUAGAUCACUAUCAAACAUGUUUCCGUUCAUGUUGCAAAACGAUAUAAAGAUAAAGCGGGAAUUUUUUAUGGGAUAAGAUUGAUGCCGAUGUUUGUUUCAAAACCAGGAGUCAUGUUUUAAGUUUAUCAAUUUAAAAUUAAAAAAGAUGAGACUUGCCCCUGAAAGAAGAAUGAUAUAGGUUAAAAAAUUAAAUUACACAGGCAAUUACAUAUCAGCUUAUUAUAUCUCUAUAGAGAAAAUAGAGAAUAAAAAGAAAAUUCCUAACGCGCUUUUCUUGCGAACCAAUAUUUUUCACACAAUCUCAAAUUUAAUUAUAAUAUUCACGAUAAACAAGACAGUUUUUUUUUUAAAUUUAUCCGCAAUUUUUAGCCUGGACAUUGCCAUAUCAGUCAGUUACUGUAGAAUGCUGCGAUUUUGAAUUGAAAAAAAUGAUGACAGAUGCGAUAAACGUUGCUCAAACAACUCCAAAACUUGGUGAUCUUGCAAAAUAUAUUCAACGACGCGCUCAACUUCAUUAUCAGUUAUCUUUUGAAGUUAUUAUUUCCUCUAAAACAUUUGCAAUUUCUUCACAUUAUCAUGGAACACAUUCUUGCAAAAUAUUUGAUGGAAAUCGAUAUUAUUUGAUUUAUGAAACACCAAGAAAAUAUAAACCAUUUGAUAUAAAAAUUGAAGAUUAUCUCGCAACAAUCGAUUCGUCGGAUCCUUUGGGAAGUUCAAAGAUUGAAAAUUCUCGAGGUGAUUUUAUUGAUAUUCGACAAGACCCAACAGCUGGUGAUGAUUUAUCAAUUCAACCUGAAGUUGAUAUUAUUUUACAAUAUCCAAACAAAUUUGCACAACAUGAUCCAAGUGAGUAUGUUCGAAAAUAAAACGUUGCCGACCUUCAGUCAAAUUCCGUUCACUUCAAAACUAGAUAUUUUAUCUAUUUAUCUUGUUUUCCAAGGAAUAGGUACAUAUUCCUUCGGUUCAAACAAGAUUUCCUUGCCCUCAUUUGAGGACAAAAUGUCGCUAAUUGUAUCAAAAUGUUACAGAAGAAGAUAUUGUUCGAAAAUUCGAGGAAGCCGAAAAACGCGCAAAAUUGGAGAUGGAAAAGUUAAUGGAAUCAUUGACCGACAUCACAAUUCAAGCAUUGGAAAGUAAUGCAACUGUUGUUCACAAAGAAGUGUUUUCAAAUUUAACAAUAAAUGGAAAUGUAACCGAUUUUGAGUUACCAAAUCCAGCACCAAUUCCAAGAAAUUUCGUGAAUUUGAGAAAACGAGACAGUCUUCCGGAUAACACACAUUGCGAUAAAAAGAAAAACGAUGGUCAGUUUGGUUUUUUCUCUCUUGGUUCGUUGUUCAUUCCAAAAAAAAUUGUGAUAGAACAGGUUUUUUGAAAUUGAUGAAAAUAAAUACGGUUUUUCAUUAACAAGACUGUAGUAGGAUAAAAAUAUAUAACAUCGGUGUGAAAUCUUCAGAAAACAUUUCUCUCAUGUUUCUGCACAAAUUAGAUUUUUCGAUAUGAAAAAAUCUAUGCUUAAAAAACUUAGGACCGAAAUUCCGAAAUUUUUAAAAGGGAAGAUUCCACAUGAAAUUUUCAGAACAUCUGGAAUUCAGAGCAAAUUACUUUUCAAGUUUUCAGGGAAUAUAUGUUGUGAUGGUCGACUUGCUUCAACAAUGCGCGAUGCAAUGAUGCAGAUGGCAACAUCACCAGAUUUCGGUCCCGGGACAGAAUCUAUCAUUGCAUCUGUUAUUCAGAAAAAAAUCCAGAUGCGUUUUGAAAAAUCUUUUGAAGUUCUAGUUUCUCAGGAUGAUUUUGUUAUCAAAACUUCGUAUAUUGGAGAUAACAUAUGUAAAUUCCAAAAUCGUGGAUUUUUUAUCGCUGCUUACGCAACACCUAAACAGGUAUGAAUUAGUAGUUAUAGAAAAUGAAAAAUAACAAUAAAUUAUAAAUUUAGUAUGAUGUUGAAGAAAAACAAAAAGAAGCGAAGUUUGCAGCAACAAUGAAUGACGAACCUUUAGGAUCAAACAAAACAUCAUUUGAUAAUCAAGCAGCGUGGCAUACAGAAUUGAAAUUAUAUCCGAGUGGUGACAGAGCUGGUUAUCCAAUUGGUUCACAUUGUGCGGAAACAAGAACUGGUUCAAAAUGUUGUAGUUUGAUUAUGUUCAAUGCUAUGAACACUGCAUAUAACAAACAUGUAAAUAAGGAUAAUUUUGAUCCAUAUGACAUGCGUAAACUUGCAACAGAAAUUCAAUGGAAUGUUGAAGAAGUCUUCCAAUAUUCUGCUGAAGUUAUUGUUUCAUUUGAUGAUUUUGUAUACGCAACACAUUUAGAUAACAAUUAUACAUGUAAAUAUCGAGUUGACAAAUAUUAUAUGUUAGCAUAUUUGACUCCAGCACAACCAAGAGAUGAAAGACAACAAAAAGAAUAUGGAAAUGAACCAGAUGCUGAAAUUGUGCAGCCAGUAUACACCGAAACACCGUAUUCCUAUCAAUUACAAAUUCAAUCACAACAAAUUCAACAACAAGUUGAACAAGUUCCAGCACCAAUUGUUCUGCAAUAUUACAAUCCGCAGAGUUAUCAACAAUUUCAGCCAAUGUUUCAUCAACCAUGGUAUCAAAAUUCUUUCGAAAGAGUUAAAAGGCAAAUUGGAGAAUCACCAGUGAGUUUAUGAAAAUAUGAGUUUUAAUUUUUCAAUGCAACCUCUAAAUGUUUUCAGUAUCCACCUCAUAGACCAUCUUACAACGACAUUGGAAGUGCAAAAUCAUUCAAUUGUCCAGCUGGAUUAUCAGGUUUAAGUGGAUUGGCAUGUUGUGAUGGCGGUCUACAAUUUGAGGCCAACAAAGUAAUCGACCAAGCAAAACAAUCACCAAAUUUUGACAAGCAUAAUACUCGGGACUUGGCAAAAUUGAUGACUCGAGCUGUUCAGAAACGAUUUGGAACAACAUUCGAAAGUGUUAUCGCCGAAGCUGAUUUUUCAUGGGGAACCAACAAAUUCAAUCAGAAUUCCUGUAAAAUCGAUAAUAAUGGAUACAGUGCUCUAACUUAUCAAUCAAGUACAAAACCACCACCUUCUUCUGAUUUUAUUGAUAUUCCAAAUGAUCCAACGCUCGGAGGUCCAACUGGAAGUUCUGGAGGUGGCGGAGGAGGAGGAGGAGGAGAAGGAGGAGAUGGAGAUGAAGUUUCAAAUAAUUCGGAUAAUGGGGGAGCUAACGAUGAUCAAGCUGCUGAUAGAGCAGGAGGAUUUGCUGCUAAUGGAGCUUCCGCUAAUGGCGGAACAGCGAAUGGUGGAGUUGCAAAUCCUGCCGGGAAUCUCCCAGCUCCCGCAUUCCAAGACGACCUUGGUGCUGUCUUUAUCAACGGAGAAAAUGAUUUAGGAGCAUCUGCUUUUGCGAACGGCGCAAAUGAUCUUCAAGGAGCUGCUUUUGUAAACGAUGUAAAUGAUUUGGGAGCUGCAUGGCUUGCACGAAAUGAUGAUUUUGGAUUAUUUGGCUGGCCUGCUGCUCUUAGAGAUGCUUGCUUUUCAGUCGAUACAUGGCUAACUACACCAACUGGAAAAAAACGAAUGGAUGAAUUGGAUGUUGGAGAUUACGUUCUAACAGCCAAUCGAAAUAGGGUUUGUCUUUUAUCAAAAAAUAGGUGUUCAGAAUGAAAACAAAUAAAUUUAAGACAUUUUUUGCUCGAAUAACAAUGUGGAUUCACCGCGAACCGGAAACAUUGCAUGAAUUUAUUACUAUUAUGACGACAUAUGGAAAAACUCUACGAAUGACUCGACAUCAUUUUAUGUUCCGCAACAAAUGUGCAGGUAACCAAAGAAAAAAACAUCUAUGUACGUAAUAUUUACACAAAUCAUUUUUUUUCAGAAAUGUUUGAUAGAUAUAUCGACAUUUUGCCAGCUGAUAGUGAAGCUGUAUUUGCUGAACAAUUAAAAGUGGAUGACUGUGUUAUUGUCGUGACACGUGGCAGAUUUGAGCAACAGAAAAUUCAAGAAAUUUUUACAGUUGAGAGAAAAGGAAUAUUCUCACCAUUAACUGCAAAUGGAAGAAUUAUUGUGAAUGAUAUGUUAGCCUCAUGUUAUAGUGAAUUUCCGCAAUCAACAAUUCAAAUAACUUACUUCUGGGUAAUUGCAAUCAAAUGAUUCUCAAUUCUUCAUUUUUUCAGACCGCUCAUAAAAUCCGCCGACAAAUUCUCAAAGCUUUCGAUAAUUUGACACAUGGUAUAAUCGAAAUUCCAAACUUAACCUCACUCAGCAAAGAUAUUCUACGGUUGAUUUUACCAAUUCGAAAAUAA